GUUGGGAUUGACGUGGGGCUUCGCCUGACGCGUGCACGGGCCGCGACUUCCACUUUACGCGUCGCGCUUUCCUCACACGCGCUCAGUUGAGCCGGGCAACGCGCAGUCCUAACAUCCACACGUUCGAUACCGACCAUGGCUUUUCCGCAGCAAUUGCGCGGCCGAUAUGCCCAUGCCCCUGGCCCCACGUUCCUCGCGUACACUCCGAACGGCACGAAGCUGAUCACCGCCGGCGUCGAUAACUUCUGCCGUGUCUUCACCACAGGGUCCGACGAAGAACCCUCCAACAUCGAUGACUGUCAGGAAAACAACCUGUCCAUCGCAGCUGGGGAUGGGUUCUUCAUCACCGGAGCUGAAGAUGGAACCGUAAAUAAAUACUCCCUCGGGACCAACGAUGGUGGAGACAUACUCUGGAGAAGCACAUUGCCCGUCCGAGAUGUAGCGCUGAGUCCGGAUGGAAGCUGGGUUGCGGUCGCGAGCGACGAGCUCGUCGUACACGUCAUAAACACGAAAGACAUACAAAUCGUCAAGCGCCUACGCGAUCAGAACCGCUCCGUCAAACAUGUCUCCUUUAACAAGAGCGGCACACAGCUUGCCGUGUCCUGCGUCGAUGGAAGCAUCUAUAUCUAUUCGAUGGACUCUGAGCAGCCAGAACUGGUGAAAAAGGUGGACAACAUGAUCAAGAGACUGGAGCCUGAGGCAGAUUCAAGCGCGAGGGUAAUGUGGCAUCCAGACGGGAAAGCAUUCGCAACUCCGACCGCUCUUCGCGAAGUCCAAGUCAUGUCAACGAACGACUGGGAGAAACAGAAGACGUUCAAGACCGAGCAUACGUCAGACAUCACUGCGGCAGCAUGGUCACCGAAUGGCGCCCUCUUAGCUACGACUUCGAGUGACCUCAACUUAUGCCUGUGGGACGCGAAGACACAAAAGAGAUUGAAGAAGUAUGACGAUGUCAAAGCCACCAUUUUAGCCAUGGCAUGGCAUCCCACUGAGAACAUCCUCUCAUACACCAAUUCCGAGGGUCAUCUAUACAUUCAUACCGACUUCGUCCCUCAAGAGCAUGUGGACGUAAUGCGGAAACCUGUCCAACCUGCGCCAUACUUGCACGAUCCUUCCGAAGGUCGAUCUGGAGACCCUACCGCUAAGCUCACAAAUGGGUCAAAGCACGUUCUGCCCGAACGCCGGGCCAGAGCUGGAAGCGCCGACAGUCUCGAUGACCUGUUAGGCGAUGAAUUCAGGGACGAUGAUGAUGAUAUGCCGGAUGAGGUUGAUGAUGGCUUCGUGAUCGAUGACGAUGGUGCUGGCUACACUAACGGCCAUGGCAAGCGCACGAAUGGACACUUGGGUCCACUCGAGUCCAUCAGUAAACGACGACCUACUGCUCCUACUUUCUUACCGUACAUCCACGAACCUUUCCAACCCGGUGGCACCCCUUGGCGCGGCAAUCGACGCCUGUUAUGCUGCUCACUCGUCGGCUAUGUCUCCACGAUAAGUCAAGAAGGGUCACAUUAUACAGCCGAAGUCAAAUUCUACGACGAGCACGCGCACCACAACUUCAGAUUCACCGACGUGUUUGGGUACGAUAAAGCUGCGCUUACUGAACACGGCACUUUGUUCAGCUGCCAGCCAAAAGAUGAUACUCCUGCUAUGAUCUACUACAGGCCGCAUGAAACAUGGACGAACCGAGCAGACUGGCGCACGAACUUGCCAGCUGGUGAGUCUGUAACAGCAAUUGCACUUUCAGAGUCAUACGUUGUUGUGACCACAAGUACGAACUAUGUUCGAAUAUACUCGCUUUUCGGCCUACCGAUCCGCGUCUAUCGUCAGAAGGCCUCGCCCGCAGUAACGUGCGCGGCAUGGCGCGACUACGUCUUGACUAUCGGGAACGGGCCCGUAGGUGGAGAUGGCACAUCUCAAUUGCUUUAUACAAUCGAGAACGUGAAGCGGGACGAGAUAUAUCAAUCGGAGGACAUCGUCGCCCUUCCACCUAACUCUUCGCUAACAUCUGUCUUCUUCUCUGCGGACGGCGAUCCGUAUAUCUACGAUUCGGACGGUGUCCUGCUAACACUCCUCCAUUGGCGCACGAACGGCCAGGCGAGAUGGGUACCCAUGCUAGAUACGAAGUGCAUGGCGCGUCUAGCAGGAGGUGGUAAGCAAGAAAGCUACUGGCCUGUUUGCGUUUCUCGUGAUGCAGAUGGAAAGCACGUCUUCCAUUGUAUGAUUAUCAAGGGGAGCGAAAAGUACCCGACCAACCCACCGCCUAUGCUCAGCGAGUUCCCGCUCGAAAUUCCUCUCUCGUCAGCGAUAGACAAGAGCCGAGAAGGCAAAGAUCGUGAUGUGGACGCAAUGUCCGACGACGAGGACGUAGGUGCUGCUAAGAAAACGGAGAAUAAGCAGCAACAGCACGAACAAGACUUCGUCCUUUCCUCAGCUCUUCAUGCCCAGCUGUUCGACUCGCUAUCACAUACACGGCCCACAGCACAUCAAAAACAAGAUUUGGUCAACCUGGAGGUACAGAUUGACCGAUCGCUGCUACAGCUCCUUGGUCUGGAAUGUCUUGCAGGCGAAGAUAGGGGUAUGAAAGCACUGGAACUCGUCACACUCAUGCGAGAUGCAAAUGGCAAGAUGCUCGAUCUCGCUAGCAAGGUUGCACAGAGAUAUGGUCGGGAUAUGUUGGGUGAGAAGAUCCAAGAGCUUCAAGAAAGGAAGCUAUUGGCGAAUACGGAGGAAGAAGAUGAUUUCUAAGUCGAUGGUUAAUUGAAAUGCUUUAAGGCUUGAUUGAUGUGUACGCUAGUGUAAACGUUGGUCUUGGUCAGGUUUCAUAUGAUACCCAUGUCUUGUAUGCGAUUUUGGAUUGGGUUACGCACACCAUGACGAUGAGGCUUCAGGG